GUGCGUGCCGGAAAGACGGCCCUAGCCGGGGCCGCCGGGAGGAAGCGCUCGGGUCCUGGAGGGCGGGGGGUAGCGGCGCUGGGGGUCGCCAUGGCUACCGAGUCCGAAGCCACGGACCCGGAGGUACCAUCACUUGUGGAUCGUUAUUUCACUCGCUGGUACAAAGCGGAUGUCAAAGGAAAGCCCUAUGAGGACCACUGUAUACUACAGCACUCUAAUAGAAUAUGUGUCAUCACAUUGGCAGGAUCUCAUCCAGUCCUUCAAAGUGGAAAAACAAUUAAAAGCAUUUCCUAUCAGAUCAGUAACAACUGUAGCAGACUUCAGAACAAGGUCUCUGGGAAAUUUAAGCGGGGGGCACAGUUUCUAACAGAACUUGCACCUCUGUGUAAGAUUUACUGCUCCGAUGGAGAAGAAUAUACCGUAUCUAGUUGUGUUAGAGGACGGCUGAUGGAAGUGAAUGAAAACAUUCUCCAUAAGCCAUCUAUUCUUCAAGAAAAGCCAUCUACUGAAGGCUACAUUGCAGUUGUGUUACCCAAAUUUGAAGAAAGUAAAAGCAUAACAGAAGGUUUACUGACACAAAAAGAAUAUGAAGAAGUAGUGGUGAAACGCAUUAAUGCCACAACAGCUACGUCAUGAGGAUUGAGAUGGAUUAAAAAGUAAAGCAGGAUUCUUAUCCUUACCUGGUCCAAACCAUCAGUGCACUAAAUGAAAACAUCCAGUAUGUGGCUUAUCACACCCAGCCGCCCACAGGAGAGAACUAAUCCUCCUUCCCUUAACCUCAUUUUCCCUCUUUGUCUUGCUUAAUGAGCCUGGGUUCUCAUUUGUCCUCAGCCUCCCAGAUCUGCCCUACCUGUGUACUCACUCUUUUUCUCUUACUUCUUCCUAACAACUGCCACACCAGGAAUGUUUUUCUGAUUAAAAGCAAACAAAGCUAUUUGAGGAAAAUCUACAAAAUACAGAAAAGUUUUAAGUAGCCAACUAGAAGUAAUUGACCCAUGAUGGUUUAAUUGCUGUGUCUCUAUUUAAAAAUCAAAAAUUGUUUCUUUUUCAUAAAAGAUGCUAUUUACUGCACAUAACUCUGACACACUUUUACUGUAGGAAAAAAAUUAUGCUACACAAUUUUUUGUUUUUUCCCAAAUAUUUUUUGAAAGUUAGAAUUUUCCUUAUGAAUUCAUGAGCUUAUGAGCCUAUUUAAAAUUGAGAAAUAAAUGCAUAUAAACUUAACAAUAAAAAAAAAUAAAAGGAAUUUGACCAGUUAUCCUAUAACCUGAAAAUACAGUUGACCCUUUAACGAUAGGGGUUUAUACUGCACGGGUCUACCUAGAUGUGCAUUUUUUUUCAACCAAAUGCACAUCAAAAAUAUAUCUAUAGUAUUUGCUGGAUAUGAAACCCAUAUACAGAGCAGGCCAAUUUUUCUUAUACUCAGAUAAUCAGGAUUUGAUUGCAAGUCUUGAGUAUGUGCAGAUUUGGGGUAUACACAGAAGGCUCUAGAUCUGACGGAUCCCUUGCAUAUGCCAAGAGAUGACUAUACUACAUUUUGACAUGCUUUUGUUUGAAGGUUGUGGUAUGGUUACUGUUUGGCCUCAAUUUUCUAUCAAAGUUGGAAGAAAACCUAACUGGCCAUUCUUACCCAAUCUGCCUCCAUGUAACACUACCAAGAAGUCUAAGCCUACCCUUUCUGCCUCAAGCCCUCUCCCAUUAGGUUGGAGGAAAGUGACAAAGAGUGCAGAGUGUACCUUUUCUCUUCAUUAUGCCUUCCUCUCUGAAACAAAGUGAAACUGUAACACUGACUUCUUAAAUGAGGAACACAUGAAAAGGCUUUGAAAAAUACAAAGGCCUCCCCUAGCAAGGGGAAGUUUUUUUUUUGAGACAGAGUCUCACUAUAUUGCCCUUGGUAGAAGGCCAUGGCAUCACGGCUCAUAACAACCUCAAACUCUUGAGCUUAAGCAAUUCUCUUGCCUUAGCCUCCCAAGUAGCUCGGACUACAGGCACCUGCCACAACGCCCAGCUAUUUUUCCUUGCAGUUGUCAUUGUUUAGCUGGGCUGGACCAGGUUUGAACCUGCCACCCUUGGGGUAUGUGGCUGGCGCUGUAGCCGUAACUCUGCUACGGGAGCCUUUUUUUUUUUUUUUUUUUUUUUUGAGACAGAGUCUCCCUAUGCUACUUUGUUGCCCUCGGAAGAGUGCAGUAGUGUCACAGCUCACAGCAACCUCAAACUCUUGGUCUCAAGUGAUUCUCUUGCUUCAGCCUCCCAAGUAGCUAGGACUACAGGCACACACAACACCCAACUAUUCUUGUUUAGCAGGCCCCAGCCGGGUUAGAACCCACCACUCCUGGUGCUUUUGGCUGGCGCCCUAACCACUGGGCUAAAGGCGCCAAGCCCAAGUGUAAGUAUUAUAAUGCAAACUGAUUCUUGCAAUACAUACAUUGUAGUCACUCAGUCUCACACACACUAUUUUCAAGGUAACCACCAAAGAAGUUGCUAAGAAUAUGUCAUUCAAAGGCACAGACGCCUUUGAACAGAGUAGGCUUUUACUGUUUUUUUUGUUUGUUUUUAAAGCAACUAUAAAUUUAUGGUUUAAAACUGGAUACCUAUUUAUAUUGAAUUUUAAAUAAAAAGGACUUUAAAACUUGU